AUGCCGUCGCAACAGAGAGCGGAGGAAGGGACCAAUUUUAGCCUCAAGUGCAUUAAAGAUAAAAAGGUCCCCAUCGGGGUCACGGUGGUCAUAGCAGUGUUGCUUCUCACCAUCAUCGCGCUGGCAGCCUCUCCCAUCCUUCCCAGCUGCCAUGAAAAGGGGAUUGGGUACAGGGAGAAGUGCUUUUACUUCAUGGAGAAUGAAAUGGACUGGAACAGCAGUCAGAACUCUUGCCUUUCUCUCGGAGCCCACCUGGCCACCAUCGACACCCAGGAGGAGCUGGAUUUCCUCUUGCGCUAUGGGAUUUCCUUGCACUACUGGAUCGGUCUCCGAAGGGAAGGCUCUGGACCUUGGCAGUGGUUCAACAGGCCAACCGACAAGGGGUUCUACAACCCGUUCCCCGUCAAGGGCAAUGGACAAUGCGCCUAUAUCAAUGAGGAUGGAAUCAGCAGCGACUGGUGCUCCCAGAUGAAAUACUCUGUCUGCAGCCACCUGCAAAAGCACCCCAGCGGGAUUCAGAAGGAUUCAGAAAUUCUGAAUUUCACCUGA